GCAUAAGUGUGCUACCUCACACCCACAUCAAAUUGCAUCCAAUAUAUAUCUAUCUAACUGGCAACUAAUUAACGUGUUUGGGACUCGCGAGUUGUGCAUUCCUAACACCCAUUUCAGGAAGCCCAAGCAUUGGGAGAUGACUAGAAAGAGGAUACAGAUCAAGAAAAUCGACAACAUCAGUUCGAGGCAAGUGACUUUCUCCAAGAGAAGGAAAGGGCUUUUCAAGAAGGCUCAGGAGUUGUCAACCCUUUGUGAUGCAGACAUAGCUCUCAUAGUCUUUUCUGCAACUAGCAAGCUCUUUGAGUAUGCCAGUUCAAGCAUGCAUCAAGUAAUUGAAAGGCACGAUCGCUAUUCAGCAAUCCAUAGAUUGGAUCGCCCCUCUAUUGAGCUGCAGAUUGAGAGUGACUCCAACAACAUUCUGCGCAAGAAAGUAGAAGAUAAGACUCGUGAACUGAGGCAGAUGAAUGGGGAAGAUCUGCAAGGAUUGACAUUACAAGAACUGCAGAAACUAGAGGAACAUCUUAAAAGAAGUUUGACCAAUGUUUCAAAAGUAAAGGAUGCAAAAUUUAUGCAAGAGAUCAGCACCUUUAAGAGAAAGUGUUUGAUUAUGUUGCCCAUACAGGGAGUGGAACUAAUGGAGGAAAACCAAAGACUGAAACAGGUGCCGAGCCUUAUCCAUGCACAUAGCUAUAGGCAAUCAUCGGAAUCCAUUCUUAGCAAUUCAUCUAACCUUCCUGAAGAUGGUGGUAGCAACACAUCUCUCAAGUUGGGGUUACCUUAAAUAAUGAACAAAAUGUAGAUUAUUUAGAAGUGAUCGGUUUCGCUUCCUUUAUAUGUCAGUCAAAACCAAUUGAAUAUCCUGUGUUGUUUGCUGUUUAAAAACAACUCGUGUAAAGUAAGUAAAUCCAAAGGAUGAGGUCCUGCAUGUAGAAUUGUGCUUGAAUAUCAUCUUCUAUUUUCUUUUGGUAAAUUGAUUCAUAGCUAGGAAGUGUUCUAUGUGCCCGAGUUAAUGGUCGAUGCUUCGUGUCUAAAGUUUAUCAUCAUAAAAAUUUGAUUCUAAUUACCCCUAUACGUUCUUCUUUUUUGUUGCUUGGUUGAAAGAAAGAAAAAAGAGGGGGAUUUCAAGAGAAGGGAGGAAAAAUAAAACUUCAAUGCAGGCAAAAAGGAAGGGGAGAGGUUUUCCAUUCUUGCUUUUA